GCAGCUUUUUUAGACCUAAUUACUGUACCACACCUGACGUUACCUGUCAAUGGAUCAAUUGGCUACUAUGCAAGCAUCGUAAACAAAUUACAUAGACGCCUAGAGUCGCCAUGCAAGAGACUGCUGUCGUUACCUCGCGCAGGUAACAAACCACCAGUUAACCAUGCCGGAUGCUGCAUCAGGCGAGGGUUGUGCGCGCUCAGCACCGCGCAUUCGGCGCUGGCUGGCUCGCUGGUGCAACAGGUGCAUUCCAUCCUCGCUGCGCAGACACCACAAGGUGGGCGCGAUUGAGGUGCAGCAAGCGGACAACCACAUCGAGUACCUUCAGCUGAACCCUGAGAGACGCAUCAGGGUGCUGCAUCUCUGCCCGGAAGACCUGGCCGCCGAAUCCAAUGGACAGGUGGCUGAGGGCGAGACGCCAGCUGAGCUGGAGCCGCCGGUCCCCGAAAACGAACAGUACUGGUUUGUCCGAGGCUCCCACUGCUCUUACAGGCUAAUGAAAAACAAGGCUAAGGCGAAACAAAAACAGUUGGAAGCAUUUAUCAGGAGGGAUUCCGUGCGUUAUAGCUUCCAUAAAAAGGAAUCGGAGCGGAAGUUGGCUGACUCACAGGAAGCAACAGCUUCUACUCCCUCAAAUGGUAAUGAGGAAGGGAUUCUAAAAGUGGCAAGUGACCUGCUGGAUAAGGUAUUCAAAGAUGCGGUCGCGGUUGCAUCUGAAAAGCUGACCAAGUGUGGUGACAAAGAAAUUGACGAGGACGUUGUCGACGCUGCUGAGAUUAAUAUUUCGAUGGAAAAUAGUUUUGUAAAUGAGGCAUAUGUCAGUGAUGAGCCUAAAGGAAGCACUGACGCACAUAACGAACUUUCAAAGUCUGCAAAGGUGACGGAUGAUGUGAAAAUCAAAAAGGGUUCUUUCAACGAAAGCAGCUCAAACUUGAUGCCAUUAUUAAUGUUGCUGCAUGGAGCAUCAUCAAGUGCUGAUGUGUGGACGUCUCUCAUUGAUUAUUUCGCCAUUGCUGGCUACGAAGUUUGCGCCCCCGACAUGCUUGGACAUGGUUACAGUUCAGCACCUAAUUCGAAGAAGGCAUAUUCUUUUGCUUGUCUCCUGCAGGACGCCCUUCAAAUUUUUGACACCUAUGUUAGUGGAGACAAAAAAUGUGUCAUCUUAGCGCAUGGAUAUGGGUGCAGUUUUGGAGCAGCAGUAGCCAGGUACAGACCUCAAAACGUGGUUCAACUAGUGCUUAUAAGCGGAGGCGGUCCAACCCCUUUGGCACCCCCUAGUGGUAUUUACUCGUUGCCAAAAUUUUUGCUUGGCUGUGCCAAACCACUGUUGCUCUGUGGCUUUAGGAGAGAUUACUUUUACGCGGCCAGAGGAAAGAAUCUGAUUUUCUGUGAUAGUGUGGAUACUCCACCCAAGGUGCUGGAAUAUUUGAGGCAAGGCCAGCACUGGCCUCAAGGCGACUCAAGUUUCCAUAGACGAAUUUCUAUUCCGACUCUAUUGGUGCAUGGAAUGAACGACCCGUAUAUAACACUAGUUGAAGAGUGUGAAAUGGAAAGAACGAUCCCUCGCUCAUUUCUGGAAAUUAUUCCAGGAGCAUCUCACUUCGCCAUGCAAGAAGAGCCAGAUGAUUUGUGCCACAUGAUACACUGUUUUAUAACGUUGUGGGAAAAGGGUAAAGGAUUGAGCAAGUAGACAUGUUAAGAGACUCAAUAAGCUCUCAUUAGCUUUUAAAUAUUGGAGAAAAUAAAUUCACAAUAAUAAAUGACUGUGAUGCCUUUCCAAGUAUUAAGAGACAAUGUUGACGUUUCUGAAAAGCUGAACUGCUGCAAGUAUCUUAUAUUGCAUGUUAAUUAUGGGAAAUUUUAAUGCAAGAAUGACAUUAUACCUCUUAAUCUCUUUAUAAUAGAACUACAAAAUAAAUUAUUUUUUCCGAACAGUAAAA